UUGAUCAGGUUUGCACUAUUUUGAAAAACAAAAUCCCCGGGUGAACAAAACCCCAAUGAUUCAUUUUACUUUUUCGUUCAGUGUGAUCAUGUGACCUUGAACUUCGCGAAUUUUCUGGAAUUUGUGGAAUUUUCUUCAUUUUACUCGAUAACAUCCAUUUAUAAGCACACAACUUUACAGACUUGACAUUUUGACGCGAGGAAGCAGACAAUACAGUAUAUUUGUAUAUCUGACGUUGUUAUUGGGCCUAACUGACAUAAAUAAGAGAAAAUAAUUUUAUUUAUUUUCACAACAACAACAAACUGAACUGUCAACACUUUUUGGAGAGAAUAGAGGAGAAAACUGGACUCAAAAAUUUUCUGUUUAUGUAACAACAGAUUGCUCAAAAGCUAAUAAUGGGUAAAGAUUACUACAAUAUUCUUGGCAUUGCGAAGACUGCUACUGAAGAUGAAAUCAAGAAGGCGUAUCGCAAAAUGGCGCUGAAGUAUCAUCCAGAUAAAAACAAAUCACCAGGUGCUGAAGAAAAAUUUAAAAACAUAUCAGAGGCAUACGAUGUAUUGCAUGAUAAAGAAAAACGUGGAAUUUACGACAAAUAUGGCGAAGAAGGAUUAAAAGGUGGAAUGAAUGGUGGUGGACCAAGUGGUGGGCCAACUGGCGGAAACUUCCAGUACACCUACCAUGGUAAUCCACAUGAAACAUUUAAGAUGUUUUUUGGUGAUGAAGAUCCGUUCCAAUUCUUCUCAUUUGGUGGUCAGGGUGGAAUGCCUGGAGGAACGAGCAGUAGCCGAAGGGUAUUCACUAACUUGGGUGGAGAACAUGAACAUAUGGAUACUGAUGAUGAUCCAUUUGCCAGCAUGUUCGGAGGUGGUAGACACGGUAUGGGAGGCCAUGGUAUGCCAAUGGGUGGGAUGCCUCAGUCUCAUAUCCGUAAACGCCAAGAUAAACCUAUAGUACAUGAACUGAAAGUAUCUCUCGAGGACAUUUAUAAAGGUACAACUAAGAAAAUGAAAAUAACUCGCAAAGUAAUACAGCCUGGUACUAACCAGCCUAUGGCUGAAGACAAAGUUCUGACAAUAGACAUUAAAAAGGGUUGGAAGUCCGGGACUAAAAUUACCUUCCCUAAAGAGGGUGAUCAAACUCCUAAUAAUAUACCUGCUGAUAUAGUGUUUGUGAUAAAGGAUAAACCACAUCCUACCUUCACACGAGAUGGCAGUGAUCUACGCUAUAAAGUUAAAAUAGGACUUAGAGAGGCUCUUGUUGGAACUACUCUCCAAAUACCAACAAUAGAUGGCAAAUCAAGACAACUAAGACUAUCAGAAGUAAUACGUCCAACAACUAAAAAACGCAUUAUGGGGGAGGGCCUUCCACUACCAAAACAACCAACUAAAAGAGGAGAUUUAAUCAUAGAGUUUGACAUUAACUUCCCAGAGACUUUGCCUCAAUCAACCAAAGAAAUAUUAUCAGACUGUUUACCUGUUUCACGCUAUAAUUAAGUUUUAUGCCAGUAAGGUUGGUCAAAACAUCAAUUUUUUGCAAAAACAUUUUAACAAGAGAUUAGACCCCAUCUCCAUGAAGGUUGAUUUUAAUGUCAAUUCUUGAACAGCUUUGGGUUUACUUCUUUCUAUCCAAUAUGUCUGAGCUGUUUUAUUAAAAUUUAUACAGAUAAAAAUAUGGCAUUGAUGUCUGUAUGCAAUUAUUACAUUGAGAUUUUUUAUUGGUGCUACCUAUUAUUAUUGAGUAUAAUACUAGUCCAUGUACAUUCUUACUAAACCACAUCCGUACAUGAUAUUGUAGUUCUAAAACAAUAAUUGAUCCGAUUAAACUGCCAUCUUU